AUGGUACAACCUCAGCAGUCACCUUUGACUGAAUAUACAUUACCACAAGUGGUUAAUAAUAAAACAUCUACAGCAAGUAGAAUGACAAUAAAAGAAUAUAAAAAAAUUGGGGAAGGAGCAUUCGGAACAGUGGUUGAGGCAGUUUUGAAAUAUGAAGAUCAACCAGCUGCUACUAUUGGCAAUACCAACGAUAAUAAUACCACGAAUAAUGGCAAUGGAAAUCCUAUAAUUAAUAAUGAUAAUCUAAAUAAUAAUGAAAGUUGGAUAGGUCCCUUUGCGAUAAAAAGAGUACCUGCACAAACUGAAUAUAAAUCAAGAGAAUUGGAAAUACUAAGAGUAGUUCAGCAUCCAAACAUAGUAAGUUUAAGAUUCUUUUUUGAUAAAAAAUCACCAAUUGAUCAAAAAAUUUAUCAAAAUUUGGUAAUGGAAUGUUUACCCUCAAAUCUACAAAGCGAAAUUAAGUUUUAUCGUCAAUCUAAAUAUACAAUUCCAUAUCCACACAUGAAAGCAUAUACUUUUCAGCUAGCAAGAGCAAUGUUAUAUCUACAUGGUUACGGUAUAAGUCAUAGAGAUAUCAAACCAUCGAAUAUUUUAGUCGAUCCAACGACUAUACGAUUGAAAAUAUGUGAUUUUGGAUCAGCCAAGAAACUAGAGCCAAAUCAACCAUCUGUGAGUUAUAUAUGUUCAAGAUAUUAUAGAGCACCUGAAUUAAUUGUUGGAUGUUCAUUAUAUACAACCAAAAUUGAUAUAUGGGGAUUAGGAUGUGUAGUUGCUGAGAUGUUCUUAGGUAAACCCAUAUUUCAAGGUCAAUCACCAGAAUCACAAUUGAAAGAAAUUGCAAAAUUAUUAGGUCCACCACCAAAUACAUUUUUUUUCAAAAGUAAUCCUCAAUAUCGAGGUAAUAUGUAUACUACAAAAUUAUUUAGUUGUACAAUUGAAGAAAGAUUUAAACAAAUUUUUAGUAAUUCACCAAUGGAUGCAAUAGAUCUUUUGAUGAAAAUUUUAGUUUAUGAUCCAGAAGUAAGAGCAAGUCCAAGAAGAGUUUUAACUCAUUCAUUUUUUGCAGAAUUAAAGAAUAAAGAUUUUAAAGUAUAUCCUAGAGGAUCUUCUGAACCAAUAGAAUUAGAUUUAUUUAAUUUUAGCGAUUUUGAAAAAGAAUUAAUGGGACCUUAUACUAUAUAG